AUGAGUACCGAACAUAACAUGAAUACUGAUCAUUGGAGUAAAAUGCGUAUGAACUUAAUAAAAAGUGCGAUUAAUACCGAGCAACGUGGACGAGUUCUCGUUUGGCAGAAGCAUCAAAAGCCAGCUGCACAACAUGAAUUGAAAGCAGCUAUCUACGGUGCACGUAGUCUACCACAAUUUCGAGUUGGACGUGUUCAUACGUUUGAGGAUGUUCUUCGGACUGAACUCAAUGGGUAUCUACCUGGCUCGGCGUAUCUUCGUCGACGAAUUGAUCAAACUUCAAUACCUUCAUUCGGCUAUCCGAAAAAAAUCAUUCAACUUCGUCAUCCACUAUUGACUGGUUCUCGAUAUACCCUGAUGACACUACCCACUGAUCCUCAGAGUGAUCAAACACGAAGUCGUGUACCCGUUUUACAAUGUCGAGGAAAAAUUUAA